UGAGCAGACGAAAUAACAUGAAAUAACCUCAUCAAAAUCAUUGCGCCACUAGUCUGUCACCCGUACUUUUAAUAGGCAAAAUAGCCUUGAAUAUCUGUAAAAUCUGGUUUGUUUUCAACAUUUUACGAACAUGGCAAAAAUAUUCACUCCUACAAACCAAAUAAGAUUGACAAAUGUAGCAAUCGUACGAAUGAAGAAAGGAGGAAAACGUUUUGAAAUUGCAUGUUACAGAAACAAAGUUGUGUCUUGGAGAAACGAUAUAGAAAAGGACAUUGAUGAAGUCUUACAAACGCACUCAGUAUUUACAAAUGUCUCUAAAGGCCAAGUUGCCAAAAAGGAAGACUUGAUCAAAGCGUUUGGCAAAGAUGAUCCAACGGAAAUCUGUAAAGAAAUUCUUGCCAAAGGAGAACUCCAAGUGUCGGAUAAGGAAAGAAAUUCUCAGCUUGAAUCCCUGUUUAAGGAUAUUGCCACCACGGUUGCAGACAAAUGUGUCAACCCAGAAACAAAACGGCCUUACCCAGUUUCCAUGAUUGAGCAGACUAUGAAAGAUGUACACUUUUCAGUGAAGCCUAACAGAAAUGCAAAGCAACAAGCCUUGGAUGUUAUACCCAUGCUUAAGGAAGCCAUUCCUCUGGAAAGAGCUCAAAUGCGACUAAGAGUUGUUGUUGCUGGAAAAGAAGCUCGCAAACUAAGAGACAAGCUUGUGAAAUUAACAUCAAAAGUGGAAUGUGAAGAUUGGGAGAGUGGAACUCUAAAUUUUGUGUGUUUAAUAGACCCUGGACAUUUUCGAGCUAUCGAUGAGCUUGUAAGGUCAGAAACUAAAGGGGCUGGGCAACUUGAGCUCUUAAACUUAAAAGAAGUCACAGAAGGGGACGAGCUUUUAGAGUAGAAUGUAAGUUAAUACAUUUUCUUCUUUAUUACCGUUUUGUACUGCAUUGAUUUGGGAAGAAGAAUUGACAUUUGUCCGUUAUAUAAACCUCCAAAUACAAGACUAUUUUAAAUUUGGAGCAAUAUUUUCCACCUGACAGUUAUUUGCAAUUUCAUAUUGUGUAAAGGUCAGAGCAAAAGAUGAUUUCCUAUUUAGUCAAAUUAUUUAAUUCAAAUGUAAGUUGCAUGGUUGACUAGAAGCCAACCAGCAACUCUUCAGAUACACAUCUUCAUGAUUCAUCAUCUAUUUGUGAGGGAUCUACUGUAUUUCUACUAUAUUUUUAUUAACAUUCAAAAAAUAAUUGCAAACACAAUUAUUUAAAGAUAAUAAUAUCACAUGGCAUGACAUUUUGAGAAAUAACCCCUCUGAUGAAAUUGUAAUACUGAACCAUAAUCAAUAAAUUUAUGAGACCAUAA